AUGCCGAAAGAUCCCACACGUCAACAAUACUCUUCAGGUCUGACCUACGUCGCUCAAAAACCUUCUUUUCUACAAAACUUUGGAAAGGUUCCAACAUCCCCCCCUCAUCAAAAUGGUCAGAGCAGUAAUAACCGCGAACCUCUUCCCAGUAGACCACGAGAAGGACGUUGGGCCAAAGGUAGUGAUAAUGAAGAAGAAGAUCCAGGUGAAGAAGAUGAAUGGGAAGAGUCAUACGGUGGAGGGGAAGAUGGACCUCAGGUGGUAGUACUUAAACAAGGUAGACAUUUAAAUGCCGAUGAGCUUAAACGGGAGAGACAACGAGCUUCUGGAAAAAAUGAGGAUUCACCACCACAGGAGACCAUGAUCAAAUCGCAGACGGAAGAACAUCCUCAAACAAGAAUCCAAAAAGCUCGAGCGACCGUAUCAACCUCGUCAAAACGGAAACUCGUCGGUGGUGAGAUUCAUGGAGAGGGGGAGAAGGAUAAGGAUGGAGAUACAGUUAAAGGGAAAAGGAAAAAGAAGAAGGCGGAUAAGGGUUUACUUAGUUUUGAUGAUGCUUAG